UGAGUGUGAUAGCAUCACAAUCCCAAACAUGUGUCACGUCCAUAGAAUCCUGAGACUCAACACUUCAUCCCCACCACCCCAGUGAGGACAGGCGCUACAGAAAAUGGAUGGACGAAUGGAUGGAUGCAGGGGCGCCGUAAAAGGGGGGAGGAAAAGUGAGGACAAUUCCAAGGGGCAAUUCCAGGAAAUAGAUUUAACAACAGAUGAGUCAGCAGCAGCCGUCUCUCCGAUUCACAGAGGAGCAAUAAUACAUAAUAAAUACUAAUACAUAAGGUUCGCUGCGAGGGAACACCGUUGGAGAAUCCGGCUGGUUUCGUCAUGUUGGAUUUUGGAUCCACAGGGAGACGAUAGACGAUCAAGUGCUAGCAGCUAGCCGCGUCCCACACUGACAAACAAGAAGCUCGACCGGGCCGCCGAACCGUCGCCUGCUCGACCUUCUCAGAUGUUCCGGUAGCUUCCCUCCAGGCCAUCGCUGUUGUUCCCGUCCAGGAAGUCGUGAGCGUGGUUCAGAAUGAAUCCGGAGGGGAAGAAGCUGAUGAACAUCAUCAUUCUCGGCGUGGGCUUCAUGUUGAUGUUCACCGCCUUCCAGACGUGUGGCAACAUCGAGCAAACCGUCAUCAAGAGCUUCAACAGCACCUCCUUUCACGCCAGCGGAUACACCAGCAUGGCCAUCAUCUACGGCGUUUUCUCUGCGUCCAACCUGUUGGCGCCCUCCGUGGUCGCCAUCGUGGGACCGCAGCUCGCCAUGUUCUUCAGCGGUCUUCUGUACAGUGGCUAUAUCGCCAUGUUUGUGUACCCGUACACGUGGAGCUUCUACACGGCUUCUGUGCUGGUGGGCAUGGCAGCGGCAGUGUUGUGGACGGCGCAGGGCAACGUGCUCACCAUCAACUCUACGGACCAAACCAUCGGAAGGAACAGCGGCAUUUUUUGGGCUCUGCUGCAGUUCAGCUUGCUGUUUGGAAACCUCUACAUCUUCUUAGCCUGGCAUGGACACGUGCACAUUUCAGACAAGGACCGCCAGACGGUGUUCAUCUCUCUGACGGUCAUCAGCCUGGUGGGCUGCUUCCUCUUCUUUCUGAUCCGGAAGCCCGACGCGGAUGCCGAGGGCGGUCCCGGCGAAGCGUCAGAGGUGCUGCAGGUGGAGUCCAGCGACAGCACGCUCAGGUCGCCAGGCUCGGACCUCUGCUCGCAAGCUGUGGAUGCUUUCGUGCAGGCAUGCAAGCUGUUGGCCACCAAGGAGAUGCUCCUGCUCAGCCUGUCCAUCGCCUACACAGGUUUGGAGCUCACCUUCUACAGCGGCGUGUACGGCACGUGCAUCGGCGCUAUGACGCGCUUUGGCCAGGACGCAAAGAGCCUGAUCGGAAUCUCGGGCAUCUGCAUCGGCCUGGGGGAGAUCUUAGGAGGGGGCGUGUUCGGGAUGCUGGACAAGUGCAACCAGUUUGGGAGGAACCCGGUGGUGCUGCUGGGCCUCAUCACUCACUACGUGGCCUUCUACCUCAUCUUCCUCAACAUCGCCAAUGAUGCUCCUCUGGCGCCUGAGGCAGGGACGGACCUGCGGGCCUUCAUGGAGCCCAGUGUGGGCGUGGCAUUGCUGUGCAGCUUCCUGUUGGGCGUUGGCGACAGCUGCUUCAACACGCAGCUCCUCAGCAUCAUCGGCUUCACCUUCAGGGACAACAGCGCUCCCGCCUUCGCCAUCUUCAAGUUCAUCCAGUCCAUCCUGGCGGCGCUGGCCUUCUUCUACAGCAACUUCCUAUUGCUGCACUGGCAGCUGCUCAUCCUGGUUGUGGUGGGUUUCCUGGGCACGCUCACCUUCUUCACGGCCGAGCGGCUGGCCCAGUCCAACUGGCACGACUCGGACUACGACAGCAUCUGAUGGCGCAGGGGGCGUGUCUAGAAACAGGAAGUCCACUGGGUCACGUGGAGUAUGUCACACGGAGGCAUGAUGGCAAUAUUUGUGCACAGGAAGAAGGGAAUCUUAGCUGCUCGGAAUUAUUUUCUAUGUUUGAUUGUGUCACUUCUGUAUGUUGUUGAUGCCAAGAAGGGAAACGUUUGUCAGCCAAUGAAUAAAGAUGAAGGAAACACA